GGAACCCCGAGGUACAUGCCAACUGGGGCCGUUUUGUUAUGAACGCCUUCAACGCGUCCUGCGUUGACUGAUACCCCUUUCUUCUGUCAUUCUCAGUCCCCGUAUAUUCCACGCUCUCUCGGAGCCAGGGGGAUAUGUCUAGUUUCGCUAGAAGAGUUGUGUCUGGGAGCAAGGCGCGCUUCAAAGACAAAACGCUCAACGUCGACCUGGACCUUGUCUAUCUCACAGAUAGGGUAAUGAUAAUGGGUUUCCCUGCUGCCGGGAUGGUUGCAAUGUAUCGCAAUUCGCGACAUGACGUUCGCAAGUUCCUCGAGCAUCGACAUGCCGACAAGUAUUGGAUAUUCAACUUAUGCCUGUCCGGUCACAGAGAAUGCCUACGAUCCCGCCUUCUUCGGCGGACGUGUUUCCCGCUACCCGUUUCCCGACCACCACGCCCCUCCCCUGGCAUUACUUGCCCUCGCGGUGAGGGAGAUGCAAGCUUGGUUGCUAGGCGACCCAGACAGAGUGAUUGUUGUUCACUGCAAAGCGGGAAAGGGCCGCUCCGGCACUAUCGCUUGUGCCUAUCUGCUUACACUCGAAGCCCCUCCAACCGGUCCAAAACUACAAAAGAGCAUGACAGCGAAAGAAUGGGCAGUAAGAAGAGCUGAGGAGUUGUUGCGGCUGGCGGAAGAGGACUUGGAGGAGCUGGAAGAUUGGGAGGCCCAAACGGAGGGAAAUGGGAGUCCAACGACUGCGCGACGAGCACUCAUACCGAACAGAAGGAAGACCAUCAAGAAUCAAGCCAUCUCCAGAGAUCAACCGAUCGAUCACGGGAGGCUAUUUCCAGAGAUUCAACAAGUUGCGAUCUCACACACUCGCUUUGCUAGUAUCCGGCACGUCCCCGCCCCGAGUAUGGUCAAUACCCGUUGUGCCACAGCAUCCCGUCAUCCUCAAAUCCAUCACGAUCCGCCUAAGAUCCACCUCAACCGUGUCUCGAACCGGUCUCUCUCGCCGAUCCCCGUUGCGAAAAUCAAAGAGCGAGGUGUGGGCAUGUCUCUCCAGGCGGAGAAGGGACUUAGGAGAAAUUAUGAGGCAGGCGUCUUGGCCUCGGAGUUGAAGAACGGGGAAUGGGAUAAGAAAAAGAUGAUCAGGGAGUUUGGAAGGCUAGAAAGGUCAGCCGUCGUUGAAGAGGGUGGCAUUCUCACCUUGGUGCCGGGAUAAUUGAUGUAGAGACGGUGCUGCAAUGGGCAUAAUGAGAGCGAAGGCUGCUCGUGUAUAAACGUGAGAAGCAAAU